CUCCGUACCAGCAGAUGGCAGAAAUUUACCAGUGUUGGCCAGCACCCAUUAAAUUCAAGAAGAAGAAGAAGAAGAAGAAGCAGGAAUAGUUUCUUCGGCUUCACCGAGGUUGUUUAUCGAAAGUGUACAUUUAUUUUUUUACGGAAUUUGACAGUUCACAAUUUACAGUUAAAAAAAACAUAUCAGUCAGUGUAAAGUGACAAUGGCGCAGUACAAAGGAGCGGCCAGCGAGGCGGGAAGAGCCAUGCAGUUGAUGAAAAAACGCGAAAGAGAGAGGGAGCAACUGGAGCAGUUAAAACAAAAAAUAGCAGAGGACAACAUUGUGAAAUCCAACAUUGAUAAAAAGUUCUCUGCUCAUUAUGAUGCUGUUGAGCAAGAGCUUAAAUCAAGUACUGUGGGGCUGGUCACUUUGAAUGACAUGAAAGCAAAGCAAGAAGCCCUUGUAAAGGAGCGAGAAAAGCAGCUGGCCAAGAAGGAGCAGUCUAAAGAGCUACAGCUAAAAUUAGAGAAGCAGAAAGAGAAAAAGAGAAAAGAGGAACAGAAGAGAAAAAUUGCCAGUUUGUCUUUCAAUCCAGAUGAAGGAGAGGAGGAAGAUGAGGAAAAGAAUGGAGAGGAUGAAGACUCUCUUUGCGGACCAUGGCUUCAGCAGUCAGAUGAAACCAAGAAACCAAGAUGCCAAGACACCCCAGUUAAGAAAAAGAAGCUGGGGAAGAACCCUGAUGUCGACACCAGCUUUCUUCCAGACAGGGAAAGAGAGGAGGAGGAAAAUCGCCUGCGGGAAGAGCUUAGACAGGAAUGGGAGUGUAAGCAAGAGAAAAUCAAGGGUGAAGAAAUCGAAAUCACUUUCAGUUACUGGGAUGGAUCUGGACACCGGAAAACAGUCAAGAUGAAGAAGGGCAAUACUAUUCAGCAGUUUCUCCAAAGAGCCCUGGAGGUUCUGAGAAAAGACUUCAGCGAGUUGAGGUCUGCUGGAGUGGAGCAGCUCAUGUACAUUAAGGAGGAUUUGAUCAUCCCUCAUCACCACAGCUUCUAUGACUUCAUUGUGACAAAAGCUAGAGGCAAAAGUGGACCUCUUUUCAGUUUUGAUGUUCAUGAUGAUAUCCGAUUGGUAAAUGAUGCUACGGUUGAGAAAGACGAGUCUCAUGCAGGAAAAGUGGUUCUGAGAAGCUGGUAUGAAAAAAACAAACACAUAUUUCCUGCCAGCCGCUGGGAGCCUUAUGAUCCUGAAAAAAAAUGGGACAAAUACACGAUCCGAUGAGGUGGCUCUUUGCAUCCAUGUGGUGUUCAGAUUUUAUGAAUAUAUUGCAUUUUUUUUUUCCCCAGAGGAUGGCAUUUGAACAACAUGCAAUAUUUUAAAGAUUUCUUUUGCUCUUUUUAAAAUUUGUGUGUAUCUCUAAAAUGAAAUGUACCUCUAUACAGGCAAAUUUGUCUCAAACAGCUUAUACACAGUGGAAUAAAUGUAAAUUUUAUGAUACUUAAAUAGAUCUUAUUAAGGGAGUAAAGUUUAGAAAUAUCCUUUAGGAUGUAAAUAUAUCCAUUACUUUCCAACCUUUUGCAUUAGUGCAAUGUCAUUAAUAAAUAAAAGUUAUUUGCUUUUUUUUUUUUGGUAUUUGGAUCAUUUUUCAACUUAUAUUUUUCAAGUUAAUGUCUUUUAGUAAUUACAUAUAUUCUGGUAGUUCCACCUCCUGUGAAUUCUGUUUUCUUGGACACAGAAUAUAAAUAUAGUAUUGCUCUGUUGUAAGUUUUAUUAAUGUGCCAGGCAGUUUAUUGUGUGUAAUAUUAUUUGUGUUGCUUAACGAUAUAAUGUAUUUUCACAUAUAACACUGUACCAGCCAGCAACUGUAUCACUGUGUCAGCCAUUAAAUAAAGUUGUCUUAGAGUUCAGAAACACCA